AUGAGUGUGUCCCUCGGGCGUGCUUGGUUGCACGACCUCGACUACAAGUUCGAUCAAGCCGCCAAAGCGGGGUUCAAAGGCAUGGAGAUCUUCUAUGAAGACUUGGAAUAUGCCGCCCGCAAGUUAUCAGGAAAUGACAUACCGACAUCCGAAAAUAUCCUGGAAGCCGCAGAAUACGUCAAAUCUGCGUGUCAAAGCCGGGGUCUAGAAAUCAUCGGCCUCCAGCCCUUCCUGUUCUACGAAGGUCUCAAGGACAGGGAUCAACAUGCGAAGUUGAUCGAAAAGAUGAAACUCUGGCUGAAGAUUGCCAAAGCCCUCGACACUGAUACAAUUCAAAUCCCUGCCAACUUCCUACCCGCGGAGCAGUUGACGGGUGACUUCGAUAUCAUCGCCGCCGACCUGCGCGAAGUGGCAGACAUGGGUGCCGCGGUGGACCCCCCAGUGCGCUUCGCAUAUGAGAAUCUCUGCUGGAGUACCUAUGUCGAUACCUGGGAAAAAUUGUGGGAUGUGGUCAAGCGUGUUGAUCGGUCUAACUUUGGAAUGUGUCUCGAUACUUUCAACAUCGCUGGCCGGGUGUGGGCGGAUCCGGCUUCGCCGACAGGCAAGACACCCAAUGCAGAUGCAGAUCUCAAGGCGUCGAUGGAGAAACUAGUUAAGGAGGUCGAUCUUGCAAAGGUUUUCUAUAUUCAGGUUGUUGAUGCGGAGCGCAUGGAAUCGCCCCUCGUUGCUGGUCAUCCGUUCCAUGUGGAUGGUCAACCGGCGCGGAUGAGCUGGUCGCGAAACGCGAGGACUUUCAUGUACGAAGAGGAUCGUGGAGCUUACAUGCCAGUGGAGGAUGUGGCCAAGGCAAUCAUUCAUGGCUUGGGUUACAAAGGUCCUGUAUCCAUGGAGCUAUUCUCCAGAACCAUGUCUGAAGAAGGCAAGCAUGUCCCUGACGAGCAUGCGACAAGGGGUAUUGCGGCGUGGAAGAAAUUAGCAGAGAGAUUAAAUUUGAAUUAG